ACAAAACUACAUAAAUUGACUUCCGUUCUUGAACUUCCUGUUAAGGAUUUUACGUUUUAACUUUAUUUAUUCAACUUGUAUUUACUGCCUUCAGAGUAUUUUUAUCUCAUAAUUUACGGUGAUUAACGUCGAAUCGAAAGAUUUGACCGUUUUCAAAAGACGUGUCAUGAUCAUUCGGUUAGUCUGAAAACGAAUCAGUCGACACUGUAUUACUCUAUGGCGAGCGAGGAUAACGAUGAUAAACCUUUCGAAUGCAAUUAUUGCAAGAAGAAAUUCUCGAAACAUGAUACGAUGAUAGCUCAUAAUCUAAAACAUAACUUAGAUUUAGACCUAUCAAGGGCUGGCAAACAGCCAAACUUGCAAUUUACAGAUCAAACACCGACACCAACUUCUAUUAUCAGACAUGGUGAUGAAGUAGGACUGUUUAACGAUUUAAAAUCUGUAGGACAAACAGAAACAAAUCCAUUCGACAUAGCCUUUAGAAAAGAAAUUUCAUCACAAUUAGAAGUAGAUGAUAGUCAACAUUCUUUAGACGUUAAUGAUGUGGUUACUGUUUUGGAAACCCCCCAACCCAGUUUGGUUUCAACGGGAAAAAAACGGAAGUUUCACGAUGUUGUUGAUGAUUCGAAUGUUGUUCUACCGUUGGAUUCUUCCGAAGUUACAGGAGUGGAUGUCAGUCCUAAUUAUAUACAGAUGAAUCACAUUUCCCAUGGAAAUACUCCUAUAACAAAUAUCGAAAAGGAUAUUGUCAAUAUACAAUCGGCUACUGAUGGUGCUAGUGUGAUUGCCGCCAAAAAUGAAGAAAUUAAACCAACGACAGCCAUACCAACUACCGUCCAACAUCAAUUGCAGCCAUUAUCAGUACAGUUGAUGCUUCCGUUGGCUAAUGGUGGCGUUAUUCCAAUAAGUAUACCGGCGCAAAUUGGUCAACCGGUGCAAGUUUCAGGGUCUUGUACUACUCCUUUUUCUGCUGGUAGUCCUAUAUCGUCAGGAAGCGAAUCCUCAAAGUCCUCGUUUGCAAAACAAAAAUUGAAAGAAGCCAUAAGGAGUGGUAAUAGUGCUGCUACUACACCAACUGAGGAUGUCCGGCUUUGCACUUCUUUUGUUUCGGAAAGGAGGCCAAUUAGUUUUGGAUUUUCGAAUAAACCAGUUAAAAGUGCUGCCGAUACUUCAACUCCAACUGAGAGUUCUCGAGGUUUUGGCGAACAAUUUAGUGGUUCUGAGGAUGUUGAAGACAAAAAGAAACAAUAUUUAGAGAGGAAUAGAGCUGCCGCUGCCAGAUCAAGAGCCAAAAAAAAGAAAAUAAUGGGUGAUUUAGAAAGAAAAUACGACGAAGCCAAGCGUUCACUUCAACAAUAUCAAAAAAAAAUUUGUCAACUAGAAAAAGAGAAUGCUUCCUUGAAAAGAAUGCUCCUCCAGCAUUCUAACUGCAUAAAAUUUGAAUCAAUUGAAAGAGAUGGUGAUGAACCAGUUGUCCUAUUUCAACAGACUAUAGAUGAAACAUUAUAAUAGUUGAAGUACAAAAAAAUGUGUAUAAAAAAAUAGUUAUUUUAAGAAGAAAUUUAACACGGAUUGAAACAACAACAAAAAAAUUGGCUAUAAAUCCUUUCUUCAUAUAUUUUGUGUUAGAUAAAGAAAAAUCUUCUUCGCAGUUGACCUAUUAUUGUUUUCUUAUCCAGUUUAUUAUUUUUUAUUAUUUUUUUAACGGUCUAAUUCAUGUUUUUUUGGAAAAAAACAAGAGAGAGAACAUUUUCACAUCAUUUACAAAGAGAAAACAUUUCCUGUUUCUUUAUUUUUUUAUCUUUUGCCUUUUCUUUCUUUUUGUUGUAUCUCUUGUCCUUUUUUUUUUCACAGAACUUCUUCUAUCUUUCAUUCAAGAGAGAUAUAAUUAAAAAAAGAAAAGAUGGAAAUGUUAACGAGGUAAAAACUUCUUUUUCGAAUUGUUUGAUAUUUCAUAUUUGGAUGGUUCUUUA